CCCACCAUCUUCAUAGCUCCAUCUACCAAAUAGUGGUCGUAAUUGACUAUUAACAGUCUAUCAAUAGCUCCAUCUCUAAAAACAAAAGAAGAAAGAGCUAGAGAGAAAAGAAUGGACUCCAAAGUUAGGUGCGCAAUUGUGACUGGGGCAAACAAAGGGAUAGGAUUUGAGAUAUGCAAGCAAUUGGUUGCUUCUGGCAUCACUGUGGUGCUUACGGCUAGAGACGAGAAAAGAGGACUUGAAGCUCUCGAGAAACUUAAAGAGUCUCCCAGUGACAAGGUCAUUGAUGUCCUCUUCCAUCGGCUUGAUGUGGCCGACCCAUCUACCAUUCCUCCUCUUGUUGAUUUUGUCAAGGCCAAAUUUGGGAAGCUUGAUAUCUUGAUCAAUAAUGCUGCUAUUGCUGGAGGUAGUGUUGAUUGGGAUUAUCUGAAACAUUUGGUUAUUAAGCCCGGAUGGAUGACACAAGCCAAACCUACUGAUGAAACGUCCGAGACAUAUGAAAUGGCGGAAGAAUGUCUACAAGUGAAUUAUUAUGGCACAAAAAGAAUGGUUGAAGCAUUUGUUCCCCUACUUCAACUCUCUGAUUCCCCAAGGAUUGUGAACGUUUCAUCCACUUCAGGAAUGUUACAUAAUAUCCCUAAUAAAUGGGCCAAACAAGUGUUAAACGAUGCAGACAACCUCACGGAAGAAAGAAUAGACGAAGUAAUAAAUGAAUUUCUUAAGGAUUUCAAAGAAGAAAACUUGGAAAGUAAAGGAUGGCCCACGAUUAUCAAGGCUUAUACUGUAUCGAAAGCAGCUAUGAAUGCAUACACUAGAGUUUUAGCAAAAAGGUUUCCACACAUUCUUGUGAAUUGUGCAUGUCCUGGUUAUGUUAAGACCGACAUCACCAGCCACACCGGAUUAUUAACCGCGGAGGAAGGAGCCGAAAGCCUAGUUAGGCUCGCUUUGCUACCAAAUGAUGGGCCUUCUGGAAUGUUCUUUCGACGAACUGAAGUCUCGUGGUUUGAUGAAAUUUAAUUGGAUUAAAUUGAAUUUGAUUUUCAUUUUUUUUUUAUAUUUGUUAUGGAUUUUACUAUACUAUAUAUGUUAUUCAAGAUAUAUAAGACAUUAAAACAUGGAACACUUGAGACAUUUCUCAAGAUAUAUUGCUCUUAUUUUAAAAGAAAAGGUGUAGAGUAAAUUUCGUAUGCACUUUCCUCAUCUUUUGGAUGUAAACAACUAGGGUCGAAUAUAAUUAUUUAUCUUUCAUUUGCC